AUGGCGGCAUCUCUGUUCACAUACUCCUCAACCUCUCGAAGAGUCGUUCCUGCCCCAAACUCUCCUCCACUUCCAAUUCACAUCAAGGCAACCAAUGUCGUCUUCAACCCUGACAUUCCAGAGGUUCAUCGAGGUCUUGGACUCGAUGAUUUCGUCAAUUUCUUGGCUUCUUGCCGCCUUCGAUAUGCAAUCAGUGAUGUACCGUCCGAGUUCUUCCCUGAACAAGUAUGUGAGUUUUACUAUACUGCAACAGUUAAUGAAGAAAACAAUGCCAUCACCGGAACCAAUGGUCAUGGCAAACACUCUGUCUUCAUCACCGCAGAACUACUCAGUGCUGCUUUAAGGUUACCAAUUUUCGAACCCUUUUCUGAACCUCCAACUAUUGAAAGAUGUAAACGAAUAUUUGAUCAACUGGGCUAUGAUCAUUCAAAGGCUGGUACUCGAUCAGCUCUUAUUUUGCGUCAGUGCAUGACCCCAGGCUGGAAGUUUUUCACUGGUGCUUUAUGCAAGUGUGUGGGUCACAAGUCUCGCAGUGGUGAUCAAUUGAGCAAUUAUGAGCAACAAGUCGUCUACUCCCUUCUUCUCAACAAAAGAUUAGAUUAUGGGGCACUAUUCUUUGAUCAGCUUGUUCAGCUUCUACGUGCAAAUGUGCGUGCUGAUCAUGUUCCCUUUCCACGCUGGAUUGCCCUGGUGUUCGACAAAUUCUUCGCUGCUGACUACUUUUCUCACUCUGGGAAUCCAAUCCAAUGCCCUCGAAUGUCCGUUCGUAUGUAUCAGGAUGAUCCUUUGGAUACUGACAUUGGAAUCUCCGAUAGGAUGAGAGAAUGGAUUGCCAAUCCAUACACUAUGCCUUCUCUCACCGCUGACACUGAUGAAGGAGGUGCUGAUGGUAAUCGUAUGGAUCGUGCUGAUCAAGAGGUGGAACAUCAUGAUGGCGGCCAUUUCUCCCUCAACUUUCUCAUCACCUCAUCUCGGCCACUGGCAAAGCCUCCUCAGCACCACAGGAUUCCAUGCCUCUGGGGGGCAACCAUCACAGGGGGAGCAUCAGUCUCAGGGGGAGCAUCCAUCACCAGCAGCUCACCACUUCUCUCCAAGGAUGCAACCUAG